GGUUGUUUUCGAUAUGGCGGACGUAGGGAAAACAGUCGAGUGCCUCUCCACACUCGAUUUUACUGGCUUGGAUACAGAUUGGGUGAAGGAAGUAUGGGAGAGAGACUUCACAGACUACGACCCACUGCCUAUCAGUACAGAGGAAGGCCUGGAGGGCAGUGGGUACCAUGUGGAGACCCUGAAGUUGACCAGGAAGAUCCUCCAGCCCUGGGCACUGGGGGAGGAGGGAAAGUCAGGGGAGGGUUUCUGGACAGUGCUAGUGGAGAAUGACCUUCCACACAGAAACUUUGUAUCUUUUCUUUAUUACAUCAUAGAAGCAGGGUCAAAGAGAGUGGCAAAUGCCCAACUAAGAGAGGCUGCAAUCUCAGCAGCUGAUGUCUACUUCACUUUAAUAUGUAUACCAGGGAGUGGAGCAUUCAAAAUCUUCCACCCAAUGUUGUUCCAGAAAUCGGUAGAUGUCUUCAAGUCUUGGACUCAACUAGGCUCCCCCAAAAGGAAGAGGAAGCCAUCUCCAGUCGGUAGCAGUCAGGCAGGCAGGAGAGGUAAAGCAAGAAAGACGACCAAAGAACCAGAACAGGACGUAGAUGGAGAUGAUUUUGGUGUAGGAGAAGAUGAGGAUGAGGAUGAAGAUGAAGGGAUUCUCACUCCCCAGGAAAUAACAAAACUGAGGAGCUGCCUGCUCUCUUUACUUAGGAGAACAAGUGAUGUCAACAGAGUCCACUCCAUAUCCAAGCUGGCUUUUAUGGGUAUGGACUGUCUGUGUUCAGCUUCUCAUGGUGACAUCAAUGUUAUGAUCACCACUGCCUUCAAGUAUCUUCUUCCCAGUAUCUUGAUGUUGAUAGGGGAUGGGAAGGGCGUGGCAGCACAGGCCAUCCCCAGGGAUAUACAGACCAUCAAGGAUAAUGCUCUGGCAUUUGUUUGUCACCUGUUGCGUACCAAGCCAGAAGCUGCUGCAGCCAGUGCCAGAAUUCUGCUACAGCACAUGUGUACCAAGGUCCCAGAUAGAGCUGAGUACAGAGCCAAAGUGGCACAGGCUGUGGUGACACUACUCCAAGAGCUGCCAAACUCUGCCUAUGCCAGGAUGAUGGAGUGGAUCUACAGAUACUCCAGACAUGCCAAGAUCAGUUACAGAGUGUUUGCCCUGGAGAUAGUCACACUGCUCCUAAGUGAACCAGAGAGAAAGCAGGAUGACUCAGUCCAUGCAGACCAUGCAGUGUACCUGAGCCAGUCUUUCCUGAUACAGAUGGUGUUAGCCAGGUGCUCUGAUGUCAACUCCAGGACCUGGACAUUCUAAAUGAGAGAUGCCAGGACCCGGCGCUGUCAGUGAGGAAGCAGGCCAUGAUGUCACUGACACAACUUCUCAUGGAGAUGCCAGAUAACAGGACGGUACAGAGCUUAUGGCUGGACGGCGUCCUCCCUAUGGUGAUGGACAGAGAGACUGGAGCCCAGGAGAGGUGUAUGGAGAUAGUGCAGGACAUUCUGCUGAACAACAUUGUGCCUUAUCACAGGUCCACAGAGCCCGAGCACAAGAUGGCGUGGAGCAUUCUGGGUAUCAUGGCUGGAAAUGAAGGUGUGGACCUGAGACGAUUCCUGCAGAGGGCUUGUCAACACCUGUCUCGCCAGGGUCAGUUGAAGGCCAGUGUGGUCAGUGUACUGCAGACACAUAUAGGGACAGAAAACAAUGCUGGGGUGUGGAUGCUGUUGGCUGAGAUGGCGCCUCAUCUUGGCAAGUUUAACUCAAGCUUUGUUCUGGACUACUGGGAUACCAACAUGUCGUCUGCCACAGAGGUAGACUUCAGCACUAUGGGUAGAGUUCUCACUGUUUUAGGAUGCCUUGCUAAACAUCUCCCCUCGGACGUCAGACUGAAAGUGGCAGCUGACCUGAAGCAGAGACUGAAGUGUUUUGAUCUGUCCCCGGAACUGAUCGCUGUCACAGUGAGCACUCUCUCUAAGUUGCUAGGGCAACAAUCAGCAGACGUCACCCGAGCCAGUUCAGCAGCAGAUGAGUGGUGCGAGGAGCUUCUUAAAGCAUGUGAUGAGUAUCUGUCCAGCGUUAUACUGGGGGAAAACCAAGGUGGAGAACUUGAUGAGGUGUUGAUAGUACGCCACCUGUUCACCCUAGGGGAGAUCUCCCAGUUGUGUCCUGGGAAGACGCCCAGGCGUGUCUUCAUGUUGGUGCAGAGUCUGAUUGCCGCCCCCACCAUUUCCUCCGGAGAUGUGAACACACAGCUCCCAGAGGAGGCUCAGUUCCCCCAGGGAAGCCAGCUGACCCAGGGGACCCAGGUGUUGUCGCAGUUUCAGGGCUCUAAGAUGAGCAGCAGCAUACGGGCACAUGCCUUUGUGACACUGGGCAAGUUGUGUCUUCAGAAUGAAGACAUUGCUAAGAAGUGUAUUGCUGCCAUGGCACGCGAGUUGGAGACGUGUGACGACCCGGCCGUCAGGAACAAUGUGGUGGUCAUAAUGUGUGACCUGUGUAUUAGAUACACCACACUAGUGGACAGGUAUGUGGGGAACAUUGCCGCCUGCCUGAAGGAUGAAAACCCUUUGAUCAGAAAGCAGACAUUAACUUUGCUGACACGACUGCUGCAGGAGGAUUUCCUGAAAUGGAAGGGAAGUUUGUUCUUCAGGUUCAUUACAGCUGUAGUUGACAAAGAUCCUGACAUCAAAACUUUUGCGGAGUUCUGUUUGGUCCAUCUUCUGCUCCAGAGGAAUCCUGGCAUGUUCAACCAGCACUUUGUGGAGUGCAUCUUCCACUUUAAUGCUUACGAGGGUCACAAUGUCUAUAACAAGUUUUCGCAAUCAGAACGGGAAAGAACAAUGUUUUCCUUGAAGGGGAAAGACAAUGCAGAGAAGCGUAUGUACAUGUACAGAUUCAUGCUGGAACACAUGAGUGAUGAGCACCGGUUCCAGCUCACAGCCAAGAUCUGCCAGGAGAUCCUGGGAGGUUUGGUGGACGGGGUGAUGCCCCUGGACCCUGACACCAGUGCUCUCCUCCAGGAUGCCCUGGCUAUACUGUGUUGUAAGGAGAUCAAGCUGUCCAGUAUGCGUUCUAGACCACAGCAGGAGGAGGCUGUAGAUGAACAAGACAUGGCCGCUGCUGUGAUGGAGAAGGCUAAGAAAACUCUUAUAUCACAGGUGGUGAAGAAGAAUGUGAUAGAAAACAUUGUUCCCAUUGUGAUUUCCCUGAAGCACAUGCUUGAAAAGCACCGCUCCCCCGUGCUGAAGGAUUUGAUGAUGUAUCUGAGAGAGUUGAUGAAAGAUUACAAAACUGAAGUCAAAGAGAUCAUGUCAGCUGACAGGCAGCUGGCCAAUGAGAUUGAGUUUGAUUUACGUAAGUUUGAAGAGCAGCAAGAGGAGCUGGAGCUGCAGAAAAAACAACAGCAACAGAGGAAGUCUCUCGGUGGAUCAAAACCAAAUUCACCAGUGGGGUCACCUCAGCCAGGAACCUCCCCCAAAGCAGGACCCCCUGCAGUGACUGUCCAGUCCCCCGGCCAGAGCCGUCCUCGGUCAAUCAUUCCUAAGACUCCAGUGAUGGCUCUGAACUCUCCAGCCACCAGGACAGGAACAUCCAGCAGGAAAAUGUCCCUGGUAGCCAUUGCUGCUAUGAACUCUGCGAGAAAAGCGGUAGAGAUGAGCAAUAAGAAGCAGACCACGCCCACUCCACAGCGCACGCGGCGCAGAACUACAGAGAACACUCCACCACAGACGGGAAAAAACAGCUCCGCUGCAGAGGAGGACGAGGACUCCUCCCCACCCAGCCAGGCCACAUUUAAAACUCCCACAAGUAAAGAGAGAGCAAAGAAGACCCCAGAAAGAGUAGGCAGAGCUGUCAGCACACCAGAGGCGAGCUUACUGAGUAACUUGACGUUCCACCAAGGCCAGGACACGAGCAUGAUGCCAUUGUCUCCAAUCCCUACUUCCAUGCCUCUCAGACUAUACAGUAGUAAUAUCCCCAGCACAGGUUCUAAAACAAAUAAAGCAUCAAAAGAGGGAGAGGAUCAGAAUCCAAAGACUAUUCCUACGGACAUUGUCUGCAUGUUUUCCCCAGAUAAACCAACCCCCAAGCCCCGGAAGUGGAAUGUACAUUCACCAACUUCAUCAAGAAUAAAAGAAAAAAGUCAAGAUAUUUCAGAGACCACCACCCAGGAUAUUCUGGAGGUAGCUGAACCUCAGCGAAGACGUACACGCAGUGCACGGUCCAAGAAAAAAUGAAACACACUGCAUAUGAAACUAUAAUAUAGCUGUGACAUUAUCUUGUAAAAGCAAACAAAAAUCUAACCUUUGUAUAGAAGUUGUAGUGGACCAGAAAAAGGAACAUAAAAUUAUUAAAAGACAAUUUGAACUUUGAUAAUUUAUGCAGAUUAUGCUAUAAACAAUUACAUUAUUUAUAUGUAGAUUUAUCAGCUAUGUACAAAAUUUGAUUAUUAUUUUGGUCUUUUAUAGUGUGGAUUUUUUUAAAACGAAGUCUUCAAGGUGCACAAGGCAUCUGCAUAUGGUAGAGUACCUCUCAUUGGUCCACUUCACUGUCCUUGUUAUAAUUGUGUAAUUGUAAUUACGUAUUAUUUUAGGAUUAAGCAUCUGUUAGGAUAUUAAGAAGCUGGACAUUAUUCUGCCUCUUCAAACAAGAUUUGUUGGAAAAUGUAAAAUUCCAUCCAUAAAUAGCUUGAAUACACUGUAAACACAAUGUUUGCUUGAUUAGUCUUCAUUAUUUUUUAUAAUACUUUUUUAUUAUUGCUACUUUGUGUGUGUGUGAGAGAGAGGAAUCUAUUCAUGCACCAAUGCCUGGUUAAUAAUACCAACUUCUCUCAUGAACCCCUGAAUUCUUCAGGACGUGGAGUAUGUAGUUUAUUUGUUAACGAGUUUCAACUCCAUACACAGGGUCAUUGGAUGAAAAUAAUGUUUUUUGAAUGUUUUAUUGCCAUGAAAGCUUAAUGUUGAGGUUGCCCUCUUUUUUUAGGGAGGGGGGGGGUUAAAUUCACAGUGUUGGUACCAUUAGAGGAUGCAAAUGGUAUUAAGGUCUUCUGGGAUUGAUUAUAAAUUACGCCCACUAACCAAAGCAAUGCAAUUUUUCCAUUUGAAAAGAAAACAUUGGUUCCUUUAAAAUAAGGGUUGGUCAAGCUCGCUAACAAAUUUCUUAAUUUUGUGUGGCCAUUUUGAAAAAACUUUCAUCAACUCCACUCCAACUAUCUGUCAGGAUUAUUCAACACAUCUGCCUUUAGUAUCUAACUGAAAAAUUUUUUAAUUUGAAGGAAACUUUUCCAAUUAAAAAUUAAAGAAAUUUCAAAUGUA